UGUUUUAUGUGCAGUACAGUGCCUCGCAGUGUACUUGGUGUUCUUGUAUGUUUUUUGGUAGGCUGAGUUAAUAUGCUGUAAUCAUGCCAGGCGUGUUGUUUGGAGAGGAUCGGGUCAAGUUCAGGCGUGUCGUUUAGCGUGGGCCCACCAGUGCACUUUAACUUUACAACAGCAUUGGUUUUCGGUUUACCCUUUUAUUAUUAUCAUCUUGUUUUUUACGGCUGGCUGUCAAGUCCCGCUGACAAGCUUCUGACUUCUGAGACAGGAGCAUGUGAAGAGAGCUACACGGACAUGGAGGGACACGACGCAGACAACAAGCACACAGAGGAAUGUUUCGACAGGACUUUCUCAGCUCUCACCGUGGACGAUGUCUAUGAAAUAGCGAAACUAAUCGGCACCGAGGUGGAGAGACUCAUCGACGGCUGCGGGAAAGACAGCGUGGAGGGUCUAGUGCCCAAGAUAGUGAAAGUGCUGGAGCUACUGGAGAGCUUCGCCUCGAGGAACCAUGCUCUCAAAGUGAAGGAAGAGGAUCUGCUGAAGACCUUCGAGACGAUACAGCUGCAGCAGCAGAAGAGACGAGCGGGGAAGGAAAGCGAGGAGAGCGGCAAUAAACAUGAAAUACUGCAGGAGUUGCAGCAGAAGGAGCAGCAGUGGAAAAUGAGGUGUGAGGAGCUCCAGGGGAAGGUACAGCAACUCCAGGAGGACAAGGAGGCGCUACAGUGCAGACUGAAGGGCAGCCACGCACACGAAGACCGUGUCCAGCGGCAGGAGCGAGAGGUGAUGCUGAAGCUGAAGGAGGUGGUGGACAAGCAGAGAGAUGAGCUAAGGGCCAAAGUCCAGGAGAUAACCACCAUCUCCAAAGAGGUGGAGGCGCUCCAGGAGCAGUUGGAGCGCUUCAUGAAGAUGAAUGCGGAGCUGCGACACAAACAGAACGUGCUGCAGGCCCAGCUGAAGAGCACAGUGGAGAGGAAGGCCGACAUGGAGGCCGACCUGAAGGAGAAAAGCAAAGAGAUAGAAAACCUCUUGGCACAGCUGGACAGAACCAACAGCAACAACCCUUCCAGUCUGGGCCAAUCAGCUCGUGCGCUGACUAAAAAGCAGACGGUUGACCAGAAGGACCCGGACCAGCCGUGCUUUACCAAGAAGGAGGUGCGCGACAUCAUUUUUGAGAGGAACGAGCUCAAAACCAACCUGUUUCUGGUGCAGGAGGAGCUCAACUACUAUCAGAGGGAGAUUCUGAAUGAGGAGAGGUGUCCAGGCUUCCUGUUAGAAGCCGUCCGCUCAGCCAUUAACAAGAAGAGAAAGCUCAUUAAAGCAAAGAUGCUUGGGAUUCCUGUGAACGAAUGCGAUAGCAGUGAUGAAGAUGAGAGAAGUUCUCUGACAGAAGUGGAUAGUACAGAAGUGGACGGCACUGUUAAACCAGCUGAAUCACGCAUUCAAAACCUCUUUGGCUUCCUGACGCGGUCGGGCAGCGGCCGGAGCCCCACCCACAUAAGAAACUCCUCCUCCACCUGGGAGAUCAUCGAGGACUCAGAGGCCUCUAAUGAGAUCGAUCACCAUGCUUCUCUCUGAGCUGAGCGCAGCACUGAUCACAGAGAGACGACAAAGACAUUUGAAUGCAGCGCCGGUGUGUGCAGCGCAAAAGCACUAUGUUGGAGUGAGGAAAGAGAAAGUUUGAACAUUUUUAAACAAACUCCUGUGUUAUCUUUUAGUUGGUUUUGUUCAUUACUUUUUCCUUUUUAUUCAUUGCAAUCAUGCCCCAAGUCCCUGUAUUUUAACAUUUGAAACAUUUAUUGACAAUUUAGAGGCAUACUUUAAAUCACUUUGAAAAAGGUACAGCCAUAUUUUUGUAUCAUCAUGAGAAUAGUUUAAUUAUUCACUCAUAUUUAUAUAGAGAUUCUUUAACAGUUUUAGCAACAAAAAAAAAACCAAAGACAGACAUUAGGAAAGUUUAUACUCUGAAAGAAAACUCUCCUGUCUUGUGAUUUUAAAAAACACAUUUAAGUUCACCACUGCUCCAUUAGGGGGCGUUUAUUUUAUACCUCAGUAGGGGACUAUUUUAAAGUCAUGUUUUUUUUUUUUUUAAUUUGAAGCACUUUUAUGCUCAAGGUCAGGUAAAUGUAUUUUGAAUUUUUAGUGGUCUCUUCCAGCAGUGUGUGCAUUUUAACCCCCUGAGCCUUAACGCGCUCGUGUAUUGUAAAAAAAAGAAAAA